GCCCCGCCAUGUCCAGCAGCCCGGCGCGCGACCGCCUGGAGCUGGAGAUGCACGCCGUGCCUCCCGCCGGCGACGACGCGGAGGGCGGCGACGGGCAGCCGCAGCGCUUCGAGGUGUUCGCCGUGGCGGACGAGUGGCGCUCGCUGGGCCAGCUGACGAGGGAGGUGCCGCCGCGGGCUGAGCACUACCGCGACUUCACAAACUCGCCGCACGCCUACCGGCCCACGCUAGACGAGCUGCACGAGGGCAAGUACUCCGGCAAGAAUGAAAUCAAAGAAGAAGAAGAAACUCUUCAAAAGAAGAAGGGGAAAGUCAUAAAAUUCGGAUGGGUAGAGGGCGUAUUUAUGCGAUGCCUGCUCAACAUCUGGGGUGUAAUGCUAUUCCUGCGACUUUCUUGGGUCGUGGGACAGGCCGGCAUAGGGGAAGGAGUUGGUGUGAUAGUCGUAGCAAACUUUGUUACGUUAUUAACCACAAUCUCAAUGUCGGCGGUCUGUACCAAUGGACAGAUAAAAGGAGGCGGUAUUUAUUACAUGAUAUCUCGAUCUCUUGGUCCUGAAUUUGGCGGCGCUAUCGGUCUGAUGUUCACCCUAGCCAAUGCUAUAGCUGUAUCGAUGUAUAUUGUUGGUUUCUGCGAGUCACUGCAGGACCUGCUAAGAGGUUAUUCACUCACCAUUGUUGACGGUGACAUCAAUGAUAUAAGGAUCGUUGGCAUCAUAACACUUGUUGCUAUUCUAAUACUGGCGCUGGUUGGAAUGGACUGGGUGACAAGGACGCAGAUGAUACUUCUAUUUGUUCUGAUUGCUGCGCAAAUAGACUUUAUAGCAGGAAGUAUAAUCGGACCAAAGAGCGCCGAGGAAAGGUCUAGAGGAUUUGUGGGCUACAAUAUGGAGACUUUCAAAGAAAACUUGUGGAACGACUAUCGUUACUAUGAGGGAGUCCAUCACAACUUCUUCUCCGUCUUCUCUGUCUUCUUCCCGGCCGUCACUGGAAUUGUGGCUGGAGCCAAUCUGUCGGGGGACCUCAAAGACCCAAGCAGCUCUAUACCACUGGGGACUCUGUUGGCGAUCGUCGUCACAUUCCUGUCGUACGUUGGCUACGCUUUCAUGGUGGGCGCCUGCGUACUGAGAGAUGCUACUGGCAACGAAACCAUGUACCCCAUGGACGUAUUUGACAACGCAAGCAGUGUAGAUCCAUUAUCACUCAUCAAUUACUGCGCCAACUCAACGUGCAAAUUCGGACUUCAGAACGAUAAUCAGGUAAUGGAGCUGGUGUCGUGGUGGGGACCUCUGAUCUACGGUGGGUGCUUCGCAGCGGCACUAUCGUCAGCUAUUGCAAGUCUCGUGGGAGCUCCUAGAGUUUUACAGGCUCUCGCAAAGGACAGGCUGUAUCCAUUCAUAGGAUUCUUCUCCGUUGGGUAUGGUGCGAACAACGAUCCUGUCAGAGGUUAUAUUCUCGUGUCGCUAAUUUCCUUCGGAUGCAUAUUAAUUGCACAGCUGAAUGCGAUCGCACCUUUGCUCUCCAAUUUCUUCCUCGCAGCCUACGCUCUUAUCAACUUCUCCGUCUUCCAUGCUUCCAUAUCAAAGAGCCCCGGUUGGAGGCCUGCGUUCAAGUACUACAAUGCCUGGGUGAGCCUGCUGGGAACCCUCAUGUGUAUCGGAGUGAUGUUCCUCAUGUCUUGGGUCAUGGCGCUCAUCACCUUCGUUGUGGUCGUCACCCUCUACCUCUACGUUUCCUACCGAAAACCAGACGUGAACUGGGGCUCGUCGACACAGGCGCAGUGCUACAACUCUGCGCUGAAGGCGAUGCUGGAGCUGAACCACGUGGAGGAGCACGUGAAGAACUUCCGGCCGCAGCUGCUGGUGCUGGCGGGCAUGCCCGGCACACGGCCGCCGCUCAUCGACUUCGCGGCACUAAUCACCAAAGGCAUCUCGCUGCUUGUCUGCGGACAUGUGCUCAGCGGAAGGCAUUCGCAGCGCGUGCACAAUGCUCUGUCACGGAAAGCGUACCUGUGGCUGCGCAAGCACAAGAUAAAGGCGUUCUUCGACGUCGUGGACAGCGACAACUUCGAGACGGGCACCGAGACGCUGAUGCGGACCUCUGGCCUGGGCAAGCUGCGGCCCAACACCGUCCUCAUGGGCUACAAGGCCGACUGGCAGCACUGCGACCACGACGAGCUCCGCAACUACUUCAACAUCAUACACAAUGCCUUGGACAGAUACCUCGCUGUAGGCAUACUGAGACUCGACGGAGGCCUGGAUUACUCGAGGGUUCUGCAGGACGACGAGUUUGUUCCAAUAUCUAAACUGGACAAAAAGGACGAAGAGGAGAAGCUCAGAAGAAAUCAGUCAGCUUGUCAACUUACACAAGUGGCGCGCGACUUGGCUGACCUGGAGCAGACGGACGAGAGCUCGGACUGCGACUGCGGGCCCGGCGACGCCGUCAGCGCCGACCCGGACCCGGACCGCGACGUGGACCCCGGCGCGCUCUCCUCGGUGGCGGCCGACGACUCGCCGGCGGCGUCGGCGUCGGCGUCGCCCGCGGGCAGGGCCGCCAACGGCGUGUCGCGGCGCAUGCGCCGCUGGGGCAGCCAGCUGUUCCUGGGGCCCACCGGCGAGCCGCUCAGCCCCGAGCUGCUGGCGCGGCUCACGCGCUUCCGCCAGAAGCAGCCCAAGGGCUACAUCGACGUCUGGUGGCUCUACGACGAUGGCGGUUUAACGCUGCUGAUUCCAUACAUCCUGAGCACGAGGUCACAGUUCUCUGGUUGCAAGCUGAGGAUCUUUUCGUUAGCGAGCAGCAAAAACGAACUCGACAGAGAGCAGAGAAAUUUAGCUGCGCUCCUGUCAAAAUUCCGAAUCGACUACAGCGAUGUGGUCGUGAUACCGAACAUCACUCAGCAAGCACAAGAAAAAACAAGAUUGGAAUUUGAAUCUCUGAUCGAGAAAUUCCGAAUUAACAGCAGUAAUGGAGAGAACUCUUCGAACGCCAAUCAAGGGAUUUACAUAACAGAUUCUGAGCUGUUCGCUCUAAAGGAAAAAACGAACAGACAUAUGAGGCUGAGAGAACUGCUGUUGGAAUAUUCCAUCUCGUCAACUUUUGUUGUAAUGGCGCUUCCCAUUCCACGGAAGGGAGUUGUGUCCGCACCUCUGUACAUGGCGUGGCUGGAACUGCUGACCAGAGGGAUGCCGCCGUACCUCAUCCUCAGGGGAAACCAGACAUCUGUCCUCACAUUCUAUUGUUGAAAACUUUGUUGCUAGUCCUAAAAUUAUAAUUAGAACAAAUUAAUAGAGAAUUUUUCGAUUUCAUCUGUCACAUACAUUAUAUUUGUUGCCUAUUUAUAUUCAUAACAUGAAAUGUACCAAAUAAUUACAUCAAGAAAUUUACUUUUGUAAAUAAACUUUUUUAUUUUCAAGGCUA